AUAGCUUGCACGAUAAACGAGCUUACGGUUGAAGGGCUGAUCCAGCUCUUAGGCCUGCCCACAAUGCAGACUACCAAGACGAGCCGGAAAGCGGCCUUCACUGGCAUUAAGUCGCGCGUCCAUGUUGUUGUUCUGCGGCCAGUACAGGCAUCUCGCGCUCUGGUGCCUGUGGUCCAGUCCGUCGCUGCAGGCGCGACGGAGGCAGCAAAGGUUGAUGGGCGGGCGCUGCGCCGUUCAUUGAACCAGACGGGUCGUUAUGUGCGUCAGCCAACCAAUGAUCCUGUCAGUCAGCAGCUUAUGGACGAGCACGGCGUGGGUUACUCCACUAAUGGCCUGGUUGCCCAGAUGCGGAAUGACGGCAACAUCUGGAAGCAGGGGACCGUGACCGUCAAGCUUGCGAAGGCUUACGGCUACUGCUGGGGAGUGGAGCGCGCUGUGCGCAUGGCAUAUGAGGCUCGUCAGGCCCACCCGGACAAGAAGCUCUUCGUAACGAAUGAGAUUAUCCACAACCCAGAGGUUAACAAGCGGCUCAAGGAGAUGAAUAUCGAAAUUAUUGAGGACGAAGGUGACGGCAAGGAUUACAGCCAGAUCGGCAACGGAGAUGUUGUCAUCUUCCCAGCGUUCGGUGCAACAGUGAAGGAGCUGAGCGACUUCCGCGACAAGGGUGUGCAGAUGGUGGACACCACUUGCCCCUGGGUCGCCAAGGUGUGGAACUCCGUCGAUACGCAUACGCGCAAGCAGUACACCUCAGUAAUUCACGGCAAGUACUCUCACGAGGAAACUAUCGCCACGGCGUCUUUCGCCAGCAACUACGUGAUUGUGAAGGACCUCAAGGAGGCCCAGUACGUGUGCGACUACAUCCUGCACGGAGGAAAUAAGGAGGAGUUUCUGGCCAAGUUCUCCAAGGCAGUGUCCAAGGGCUUCGACCCUGACACCAUGCUGGACCGUGUGGGCCUUGCCAACCAGACCACCAUGCUUAAGGGCGAGACAGAGCAGAUCGGGAAGAUGCUGGAAGCGACCAUGAUGCAGAAGUAUGGUCCGGCGGAGCUCAACAAUCAUUUCCUACUUAUGGAGACGAUUUGCGACGCGACGCAGGAGCGCCAGGAUGCUCUGUACGAUAUGGUGGCUGACCCAGAGGUGGAUUUUUUGAUUGUGGUGGGCGGUUUCAACUCAUCCAACACGAGCCACCUGCAGGAGAUUGCGGAGCACAAGGGUCUGCCGUCGUUUUGGGUGGACAGCGCGGCACGCAUCGACGUGGAGAAGAACACGGUGCUGCACAAGCUGGCGCACGGAGAGCUGCGGGAGACGGUUGGAUGGCUCACGCCUGGCAAGCCGGUGACCAUUGGCAUCACAUCGGGUGCAUCCACGCCGGAUCGUGCAGUAGAGGAGGUGCUGGCCAAGGUUUUCAAGAUCUACGACCCCAACUUUACUGGCAUUGCACCCAAGGAUUGCGGCCGGCUUGCCACGCCCGAGGAGCACUGAACGAGGAUUCAUCUGUUUUCAGGUUGCUAAUUGUCUGUUGUAGUGUGCCGGUAUCUUUGUGAGUUCCGUUGGUUGUAUGCGAUGCCUAAUGCUAGCGUGGACAGUGGUGUGUGCUUGUUUGCGAGAGGGGUUGUGUGCACAAGAGAGCAGCCAUGAGGGAUUGUGUGGGUUGCAGGGUUAGUCGAUAGCUGGCUGGUGGUAAUUCCUCAGCGCAAAUGAGCAGGUAAGAGCAGACGGUGUGGGUACAUAUUCACGCGAGCUGUCACGUAUACGUGUAAUUUUGGGUGCGCCAUGCGCAGGUGCUGUGCUAAGGCAUGUGCUACCGUUGCAUAUCGAAGGCCCUUUUGAAGGGCUUCUUUUUCUUUGUUUAUUGGUCCUUUCGCAAGCUAAAAGGACAGAGUUGAAAUUCAGACCUUGUGAUGAGCAUAAUAAGCUUUUACUAUGUCGGAUGCUUGGAAACGCUGCGAUACAUGUCCCUGGAUUUGCUAUGGUUACAAGCGGUGUAAAGCCCUGACCAAUAAUGCUAUCUGAAAUGCACGUGUAAGCAUUAAAUAGGGG